AUGCUCUCCGGGCCUGUGCGAGUGCAGCCAGAAGUCAAGUAUGUUGCCGAAGUCGUGGUUUUGGUUACCACGCUCGGCGCAAAGCGUGUGGAGUACAACGCAGGGAAGCGGGCACGGGACCUUCUUGAAAUCAAGGGCGUCCACCACAAAGUCAUCGACUUCAACCGGGAUGCGAGACAAGCGGGUACGGGAGACGCCGAGAACAAGGCCAUCCAAAAGUUGAUGGAGGACCGGAGACUUCAGACAGGUGGCAACAAUGAUUUGCUCCUUCCACAGGUGUUCAUCGAUGGCAACUAUGUCGGCAAUGCUUCUGAUCUGCAGGGUCUGGAGGAUGAUGGGUUGCUGGAGAAUAUCCUUCUUCGCAAGGCUUGCAUGCAGUGCGGCUAUUCGAGACGGGAUCCCGGCAUGACUCAGUGUCCGGCCUGCGGGGCAAGUUAUCAGGAGAUCUUGCCGGGAGAGAUGACGAUCAGCCAAGCCCUCCAGGAGCUGGCGCACCACGAGGAUGACUUCGACGACGAGUACUACGAAGACGGCGAGGAGGAGUUCCCGGAGGAGGAUGUAGUGACCCAAACGGUCACCAAAUCGCUCACCGAGUUUCCGGAAGAGCGACGUGCACGGAUGGCUGGGUACAGUGGCGGUGCUGCCGCUGCUCCAGAAAAGUCAGGUCCCUCGCAAGCGGCGCAGCAGCCGCUGGAUCCUGCGCUAGAGACGGCCAAGUUCGCUUUGGGGGAGCAGGUACAAUAUUGGAGCGAUUCCAAGAACCGCUGGAUGGAUGCCAUUGUGGAGGGCAUACGGCUCAAGGAGGGCAACGUGGUCUACGACUUGAACUGCAAGCGUGGGGCUCAGGCAGAGAAGAUCCAGUCCUAUCAGAAUGAGGAGGACGUUUCGCCAUCGUAG